CGUGAACCGCCUCUCCGUCCAGCGCUAGUAGAGGAUUCUUAUAUUAUUUUGUCUUGUUUGUUUGUUUGUUUGUUUUAAACGGUUUAUUUACUCCUCGGUGACUUGGACAUGUACGGAGAGCAAUGUUAGCGUUUAGUUUAAAAGGCGAGCCCGUGAAAGCGAGCCGUUGCUCAUUGGCUGCGUCGUGUAACGGAAAAUGGAUCCAAAGAAAGCUAGCUAGCUGUGGCAAAGUUUGUGUGUGGUACAGUAGAUAGAGAGGUGUGUGUGUGUGUGUGUGUGUGUGUGUGGAGAGUUGUGAAGGAAGUAACGCGCCUGCGGAUGAAGCUGUCAGCCAGGAAUAAGAGCUUGGUGGUGUUGGUUUUCCAUUUAGUCCAAGACGAGACGUUUCACGAAAUAAAAACAAAACAAAAGCACACAGCUGUAACAGACGCGCUGAAGACAUCUGAGUGAAACAUGACGCCGUGACCAGAGUGUCUCAGUGUCUCUCUCCCCCUCUCUCUCUCUCUCUCUCUCUCUCUCUCUCUCUCCCUCCUGUUUGGGCAGCUCCUGGUUCAUUUCUCGCUUUUUGCGUGGCACACUACUCUUGUUUUGCAAGCUGCUCUGACUGUUUGGAUCCAGGAAAUCCUGAUCACACCGAGACAACAGUCUAAUUCAGAUUUAAAGGCGUUGAGAAGCUUAAACACAGCCGACUAAUACUAACUUACAGGAGCUCUACCUUUUUUAAACCAUUGGAUCCAAAUAGAGGAAUAGUAGUAGUAGUAGAAGUAACACGUUGUUUUCAACACAUCAGGAUCUGAAUGACCAAAUGUUAUCAAAGGUGAUUUGACAGCUUUGCUGCAUCUGCUUCAUGUGUACAUUUUGAGGGGCUUGAAGACCUGAGGUUUCUGUGACCGCCAUCUUCUCUGAUGGAGCUGUGCCUGGCCUGCUUGCCACUUGUCACGUUGCUGACCCUCCUGAACUCUGAGGUCACACCGUCCCUUGCCCAAAAAGUUUACACGAACACAUGGGCCGUCCAUAUCCACGGAGGAGAGGAGGAAGCCAAUCGGCUUGCAGAAAAGCAUGGUUUCAUUAACCACGGCAAAAUAUUUGGAGAAUACUACCAUUUCCGGCACCGCAGGGUGGUGAAAAGGUCUUUAUCUGAACACAGAGGAACACACAUUCGCCUGCACAGAGAACCCCAGGUAAAAUGGGCAGAGCAGCAAGUGGUGAAACGAAGGAAGAAGAGGGACAUUUACUCCGAGCCAGUUGACCCAAAGUUUGCACAGCAGUGGUACCUGUACAAUAGCAACCACCGUGACCUCAACGUGAAGGAAGCAUGGAAGCAGGGUGUUACGGGACUGGGUGUGGUGGUGUCCAUAUUGGAUGACGGAAUCGAGAAGAACCAUCCAGACCUUGAGCUUAAUUAUGAUCCUGAUGCCAGCUAUGACGUGAAUGACGGCGAUCCAGACCCUCAGCCUCGAUAUACCCAGCUCAACGAUAACCGACACGGCACACGAUGUGCUGGAGAGGUGGCUGCUGUUGCCAACAAUGACAUCUGUGGUGUUGGUGUAGCCUACAAUGCCAAGAUUGGAGGUGUGCGUAUGUUGGAUGGAGAGGUGACCGAUGUGGUGGAGGCGCAAUCUCUCAGCCUCAACCCUCAGCAUAUAGACAUCUACAGCGCUAGCUGGGGGCCUGAGGAUGACGGCAAAACCGUGGAUGGCCCUGCCAAGCUGGCAAAGGAGGCUUUUUUUCGAGGAGUAACCGAGGGUCGCGGUGGGCGAGGCUCCAUCUUUGUGUGGGCAUCUGGUAACGGUGGCCGGGAGAAAGACAGCUGCAACUGUGACGGCUACACCAACAGCAUCUACACACUUUCAAUCAGCAGCAGCACACAGUACGGCAAUGUGCCAUGGUACAGCGAGGCCUGCUCCUCCACCCUCGCCACCACCUACAGCAGUGGAGGACUCAAUGAGAAACAGAUUAUCACUACAGACCUGAGACAGAAGUGUACAGACUCCCACACAGGCACCUCCGCUUCAGCUCCUCUGGCUGCAGGCAUCAUAGCCCUCGCCCUGGAGGCCAAUAAAAACCUGACAUGGAGGGACAUGCAGCACCUGGUUGUGAGGACCUCUAACCCAGCUCACCUGAUCACUAACGACUGGAAGACUAAUGGGGUUGGACGCAAAGUAAGCCACUCGUAUGGGUAUGGCCUGCUCGAUGCUGCUGCCAUCGUGGCCCAGGCUAAGAAUUGGACCAAUGUAGGCCCUCAGCAGAAGUGUGUCAUCUCCAUGGUGUCUGAGCCCAGCAACAUUGGGAGCCACCUGGUGAUCACCAAGAGUGUGGAUGCAUGCUUUGGCAAGCCCAAUUUUGUGAGCUCUCUGGAGCAUGUCCAAGCCCAGCUCACACUGUCCUACAACCGUCGUGGAAACCUGGCCAUCUAUCUGAUCAGCCCACAAGGCACCCGUUCGACUCUGCUCGCCCCGAGACCUCAUGACUAUUCCUCUGAAGGCUUCAACGACUGGGCCUUUAUGACCACCCACUCAUGGGAUGAAGACCCUCAGGGCAAGUGGACUCUGGAAAUUGAGAAUGUGGUUGGAACCAGUGACUACGGCACUCUGACUCAGUUCAUGCUGGUUCUCUAUGGCACUGCGUCCACACACAAUUCCAUCCAGGUCCCUGAAGACGGCUGUAAAACCUAUGACCUCAGUCAAAUUUGCACAGAGUGCAACCCCGGGUUCUACAUGUACCAGCAGAGUUGUGUACGCAAGUGUCCUGCAGGCUUCGCAUCAGUCUCCUACUCUGAGGUUUCCUUCUAUAAUGAGGUGGGUCCUGGACUGCAUCCAGCCUGUGUACCCUGCCAUGAGCUCUGCCUUACCUGCAGUGGCAUCGGGCCACAGGACUGCCUCUCAUGCCCUCCCAACAGCCACCUAAACGCUGGCACCUGCCAGCACCUGAAGAUUCAGCGUGAAUCGCCUGAUGCUGAUUUGUUCCAGUCACGUGGCAGCGCCUCUUCUGGUAUCCUGAAUCUACAGCUCUCGUCCAGUCUACCUGCCACUGUGGCAGUACUCUGCUGUGCCUUUAUUGCAGCCACCUUUGUUGUGGUGUUUGGCCUGCUCCAGUUCCGCUCAUAUAGCCUCACUAAAGUAUACAGUUCUGAAGCCAGCGUGGGAUCCGUAAUGCGUGCCAGCUUCGGCCUGGGCAUGGCACACAACGGCAUCAUUUCAUACAAGGGUAUCCCAAGCGUGUGGAACGAAGACGGGGGCAACUCGGAGUCUGAGAAUGACGAGUUCGACGUCCACAAUGAGAGAACUGCCUUCAUCAAAACACAAAGUGCUCUUUAACCCUUUCCCUCACAUACUUUUUUCUAUCUCUCCUCUCCUCAGCUAUUUUCUUUUAUUCUUUUUGAAGAUACGGUCUUUCACAGGCUUGUCUCCCCUUUUUCUUUUUGAUUUGAUCCUGCCGUUUGUUUGUUUUCUCAUCCCAUAGUGGUGAGCUGUAAUGUCAGGGCCACUCUGAACACACCCUUUUCUUGCUCACCUGGCCUCGGUGCCUCGAAAGGAAAGCCUCCAUGGCUGACUGGCUGGAGGAUGAGACAAAAAAAAAAAGAUCGUCUCCAAGCUUGCCAGCUGGACUCUCCAAAGCCACAAUAAACACAAUGAUUGUCAUUUAGUCUCCUCUUCUUUUUUUUUUUUUUUUUUUUUUUUUCAGUCCCACUGCAUUGCCCAAUAAGAUCUAAGAAAGAAAUCCUCUUAUUGUGUGCAUCAGAAGUGUCUGAUCUGACCAAAUAGUCUGAGUCUUAAUCGCAGAUAGGGAAUCAUUUGUGAAUUGUGCUCUUAUGCUGGGGUUAUUUUCAAAAAGUUGCCCCCUUUUUAUAUAUAAAUUAUGCUUCUUCUCCCCCCGAAUGUUCUCUUGGGACUUAUCGAGCCUGGCAUAGUUUCAUUAAUAAUGCGCGCACACAUUCACAAUGCAGACCCUAAGCCUAAUUCUCCUGCAGAGAAUUUCAAAUGGUGAGUUCGUUGUUCUUUUUCUUGAAGGCAGUUUACACUGCUGUGACCUCAUGCUCUCUUUCCGACUCCCUGAAGUUAGUUUUGCAGCACUGCUCUGAAAUGAACUCCAUUUGAGGCCUUGGGAGAAACUCUAGCAGGGUUUCUCAGGAUUGCACUGAUGAACCCUGAGAAGCGAUAAGGCAACUUUGCUUCCUUCGAAUGUUAGUUUCAUUUGUCUUUAUAUCAUAUGUGGACAUGGGGAGUUCUGUUUUGGCAGUAAGAGAGUGACUUUUUGCGAAUGAAACUACAAGGGCUCAAGUGAACACUUCAAUGCAGCUAUUGUGUGAGGCAGGGUAUCGGAGUAGAAUAUUCUAGAUUAAUCUGGUUGGAGAAAUGAUUAAAUUGGGCAUCAGGUUAUUUCAGUUUGCCUUGAGUGAUGUGGUUACUCAAACCAAGUAAUGGUUUGGCCUAAUUCGGUCUAUUCCCUUUAUGCUGAAAUACUUGUGGUUUUAUAUAGGUGUUGAGAGCCGGGUUUUAAAUACUUUUUUUUUUUUUUUUUUUUUUGAAUUAAGAGUAAAGUGAGAGUGCCUGUGUGUGCACAGAAGGCUGUUGGGUCAUGGAUGGCUCUUUUUGAGAUUCCACACCUGUUUUCAUAUUCAAUAAUUGUAGCAUUUAAUAGCAAAUGAUGGGUGGUUUUUUUUUUUUUUAAACCACAUCAGUCUUUUCAAGCAUCUUCUAGUAACAACGCAAAAACUCCGCCAGGUUUGUUUUUUGAAGGUAUGGUGUGUAAGAAUGCAGUUUGGAUUAGUUAAAAUCCUGCUUCUUCCACAAGCCUGCUAUAGAUGAUAUGUACCAUAUCAAAUUCAUAGUGCUGUGUUGUGUGGGUUUUUUUUUUUUUUUUUUUUUUUAAAUAAAUAGCCUUCACUUCAGGUUCAGUCUCUAACAUAUUAAAUUGUCAUGUCAAAAGCAUUACCAUCUCCCUGAAUAUCUCUCUCUCUCUCUCUCUCUCUCUCUCUCUAUAUAUAUAUAUAUAUAUAUAUAUAUAUAUAUAUAUUCCCCCCCCCCCCCCCUUUCAGGCUGUAUGUGUGCUUGACUUUAAUUAUAGCACUGUUAAGAGCAAUAGGAUUUUUCUAGAAGUCCUUAUCUACUCAGUUGAACAUCUUUAAUUAUAGUUAGUAAGUAUUCUUUUAGAGAAUAAGACCUUCCAUCCUUUUAAAUAUUCAUCAACUAAAUCCUGCCUUGGAGAUUUAUAAUUUACUGAAACUUUUAAUAUUGUUUACCCGUUCUGUGUUUUCAUUACCUCCAAAAUGGUCAUUGGGUUGUCUUUUUUUUUUUUUCUCCACAUUUUUUCCUGUUUGUUUUUAAUACACCCUAUUUCACUUUUCCGAGUUUAAUGUAAAUGACACGUAUAUAUUCACAUUUUCUUGUUUUCCUUUGGAUUGAAUUCCCCUUUUCCUUUGCUUUUUCUUUAGUGUGUUCUGUCUGGCUUAAAUUAAUAUACACACUGCAUUAUUUAUAGGAAUCAGAAUGUCAGAGUGCACUAAACAGUAUGCAUCUGAUGAACACUAACUUAAUUUCCAAACAUGAGGGAUUAUUUGGGGGGUGGAAAUUUAUCACACAUCUCUAUAUAAUGACUUCAUGACAUGAAGUGACUUAGACUUUGAUUAUAAUUAAUGGAAUUUAGUGAAGUACUGAAUGAAAGAUGGAGUUAGGAUCUAUUGCCAUUCUGAAUAUAAUGUUACAAUAUGAGCCCUUUGAGAUGAAAGAUUUGACGGACCUCAUCCUACAUUCACACUAGCAGGUGAAAAAGCAACAGGGGACCUCAUUUCCUUUAAAGAGACAUUUUUAUUUAUGUAAAUUGGUUAUAAAAUGGUGAAGUGGCGAAUUCCUUGGAUUUGCCUUCUGUCAUAAUUUUGUAUCUGCAUUUGGUUCCUGUUUUGUUGCACAUUUAUCAGUACAAUAGGCAGUAAUAUGGCAGACCUCCAUUCUACAAGAGACAAAUUUGGAAUGACAUCAGCAACUUAUCACUUGCCAGUGUGAUGUUUGAGUUGUGUCUCCAUGUUCAUUUUUCCAUAUUAUUACCCUAAGUGUAAGUGUUGCUAGUAAGACUAACUCAGCUGGAUGUGUGCCGUAUUGGGCUGUGGUGUUCAAAUAACGAUAAGGUCUGGUGUUAAACCAACAACAUGGCUUAUUCUUAUGAAGGUCGUCUUAUUAAACCAAGCAUUAAGCACCCACAGAGUCCUGCAGGAUUAUUGGGCUUUGUGGAAGGCAUGACCAAAGACAGGAACGUGAAAUAUGUGCACGCUACACAGGCGAGUAAAACUGCAGGAUAGACUCGCUUGAUAAAUAGGAAUUAUUUUCAUUCUAACUUUUACGAUGGGUGUGAUCUUGACAGAUUCAGUAGAGUCUCUCUCACACACAUACCAAACCUGUUUUCCACCAUGCACUUCUCCUGUGCCCAGCUUGAAGAGUUAACAAGUCCUGUUGAAAGACAUUAGUAUAUAUCUGAAACAACUACUACAUUAAUAUAAAAUAAGACCUAUUUUUGUGCAUUGUCAUAUUCAUGUAAUUUAAAGAUUUUGCCUUUUUAAUUGUUUUCUCCUUUUUAUUUAAUUGAUGUCAAUAUAUGAAUUAUAGAUUUAUGAAAAAUAAAGAUCUAUGCAAAGUUA